AUGCGCUACCAGAUUCCCGUCAAUUUGGAGUCGCUGCUCGGCGGAAACACGGCGCAUUCCGGAAGACUCUCCGCGGCGUGGAUCGCUUUCAUCGUACUCCUCGCCCUGUGUGUCCUCAUCGCGGCCCUGAUCGCCAUUUGCGUCAAGAAGCAGAUCUUCUGCUUUAAUAGGAGUAAAGACGUCGAGCACCACUCGGAUAACUACUCUCCGGUGAAACCGAAGAAG